AUGGAACGCUAUCGUAGUGUAUAUGGUAACCAUGACGUCAGACAGUAUACAAUUUAUAUUACUGAUAUGACUUUAAGCAUUUUGACUUUACCGUAUUUGUUACAGGCAAAUUUGUAUCCAGGUCAGAGUUCUAUACGUAAUCAAGUUAUACUGGAAGUUAUCAAACCAAUUAGUGCCGAACGGCACGUGCUACAGCACAUAAUUUGUGGAUUCGACAAAGUUAGAAUUGUUGACAACAUUAUGACCUCAGGAAAACGGAUAAGGGAAAUUGAUUAUAUGCCAGCAGUUCAAAUCGAAUCAGCCAUUGGACAGCAUUCAGGCGGUACUACUACUACUACUCUAAGUACUACUGUUGCUAGUGGCACUAUUCCAGCGUUUCCUACAUCACGUGUAGAUGAAACUUUCACUCGUCGUCUGAUUGAAGCAGUUAAAGCACAACCAUGUUUAUAUAAUCCAAGUCAUGAACAUUAUGGAAAUAAACAUUCUAGUGCACAAUAUCGAAUGUUGGUGUGGCAGAAUAUACGUGACGAACUGAAUUUUAAAGAUGAUGUUCAUACACUACAAAUUCUGUGGAAAAGAAUACGUGAUCGAUAUGUACGGGAAAGGCGUAAACGGCGAAAUGUCAUUAUUGGAGAAAACACUCAAGAUUUUAUAAUAAACAGUCGUGAAAGUCAUUUAUCCAGUCGUUCUAAUCGCUCCAUACCAAUCGUCACUAAUAUAAGCUCUUCACCUCAAUUUGAUGAAAUGAUGUGCUGGAUUGAACCAUUUUUAUUAGAUAAUAUAAAUAGCCAUUCCCAGCUUACAUCUGUUGAUAGGAUUGGAAAUUGUGGAAGCAGUGUGCUUCAUCAGCACAAGAUCAGUCAAGGCAAAAAUGGUUGCACUUUGGAGAUGGUUGCACCAGCAACACUCAGUGACUGUAUCGCACAUUCUGUUCCUCUCAGUUUUUCUAAUGAUGUAAAGGAAGAAGCUUUUGAUCAGAAUACAUCUGUUAGUUCUACGGAUAGCUGUUUGACUGUUAACAGUUAUCAACAGACUAGUCCGUUUCAAAUUAUAAAUGUGCGCAAUCCGUGUGAAUAUAACUCCGUGCAGAGUCACAGAUAUACUAAUGGAUCAGAUGACAGCAGGAAUGCAGUUCCGUCUUCAUCAUCUGCCACAGGUGGUGGAAGUCCAUGUUCUUCGACUACUAGUAGUGAGAUAGAUGUUGGCACAUCAAUAGCUUCUACUUCUCACUCAAAUCAGCAGCAGCUUGUUUUGCAGCAGCACUGCCAACAGCAAUCUCUAAAUCAACUAUCUUCUGGUAUGGUAGUGCUAACUGCAAUUCAGUCACAGCAAUCACAGCAGGUGAUAUCACCUCAGCAGCACUCAGUUUUGUUAUCCAAGUCAGAACAAAGAGCGAGAGCAGAACAGCAGUUACAAACAUCUGAUGGUGGGGUAGUCACUGUAACUGCAAGAGGAGUAGCACCAGUAAAUAAUGUGAUCAAAAGGGAUGUUAACGUUAGGACAAAUGAUGGCAGUACAGUGACAAUGAUAAUUGAUCCAACAACUUUUUACCAACAUGGAUCACAAAAAAUGUAUCGGUUAGUAAAUGUAUCAGAAUUAAAUACUGACCCAUUAUCGCUAUCGGCGAGUAAUAAUAAUUUGUUAAAUGUUUCUGGAGAAUUGAAAAUAGUUGGUAUCCAACGUAGGAAGCGUACAGCCGCUAAUAUUCUAGGAGUAUGUGAUGAUCAUGGACAAGUCAGCGAUAACAUUCUUUUGGAUCAUGGCAUUACUGAAAAAUCUAUUGCACUUGAUCACGAAGCAGUGUCAGGAAACGACAAGAUAAUUCUAGAUCAGCACUCAGCAUCAGGACCGAAUUUGGUUUUAAGUCAUGAUGUUCAGCAGCAGUUGCAUCCUCAAGCGAGCACCUCACAUACACAUUCAGAAAUUACUGUUUCUCCUCACCGCUCUAUUUUGCCGGAACCACAUGUUUCUCAUAUUGGCAAAAGAAAUAGCGAUAACGUUCAUUUUAUAAUAGGUCAGCAACAAACAUCGUCGUUAUCAAUGAGACAUCAGACGGGCCAUCAGUUCGGCACACAAGCUGUUUCUGUUGAGCAGCCACAUUAUUCUGUGUUAUCUAAUCAGUCUUUACAAGAAGAGCAUGAGGCUAACCUGGCAUUUGCAAAUUCUAUAGCUAGUCACCUGUCAAGACUAAAUGAUGAUGAAAAAGCUGUUGCGAAAAUGAAUAUUCAGCGAAUACUUAUGGAUGCACGAUUCGGUAUUGGAGCUUGUGCUCGUAUGAUUCAUGAUGAAGAGUUUAAUGAAGCUGGUAUCAGCACUACUUCUCAUGAUAUUUCAUUAAGUCAUAGUGUCGAGAGAGGAUCACGACAACCUUGA